CUAUUCUUGACGUUACGGUAGAGGAAUGUCGACACGCACCUCCAGCUUGGAACGAUACCAGCCGGCUGAGGAGGCACUUCAGGACCAAGGACAGGCCGACCAGACUGGCUCCUCCAACCGAACCGGCGGACGCAAACUCUGUGUCCGGUAGAUCACGAGAUCCCCGGUCCUGCGGUGCAUGACUGCGUCUUUCAGAGGCGGUCCCGAAUAGCAGGUCUCUUCGUAUUUACCUCCUUACCAGACCAACUUGGAAUAUGUCCCUCUGAGGGAGAGAGAGAGCUGAUCUGAAUUGCGCUUAAAGAAGAUUCCAAUAUGUCAAGCACUCAGAGAGACAAUGGCUCUGCAAACUCCACAGAAGCCAAGAAAACAGACCCCAGAGUCAACGAGAAAAAAUGCUCAUGGGCUUCUUACAUGACAAACUCUCCAACGGUGAUCGUGAUGAUCGGAUUGCCCGCUAGAGGAAAGACCUACAUCUCCAAGAAACUCACACGUUACCUCAAUUGGAUAGGAGUCCCAACCAAAGUGUUUAACUUGGGCGUAUACCGCAGAGAGGCUGUCAGAGCUUAUAAGUCCUAUGAUUUCUUCCGCCACGACAAUGAAGAAGCCAUGAAAAUAAGGAAGUAAGAUUUCCCUGCUGCAUCAGUGACUAAGCUGUUUUUUUUGGCCGGCAGUCAGUAUUCAGCCACAGUGUUCUUUGUGGAGUCGGUGUGUGAUGACCCCGAAGUCAUUGCUGCUAAUAUCCUGGAAGUGAAGGUUUCGAGUCCAGACUACCCUGAGAGACACAGAGAGAGAGUUAUGGAUGACUUCCUGAAGCGGAUUGAGUGCUACAAGGUCACUUACCAACCUUUAGAUCCUGAUGACUAUGACAAGGACCUUUCUUUUAUCAAGGUUAUAAACGUGGGCCAGCGAUUUCUGGUGAACCGGGUGCAGGACUACAUCCAGAGCAAGAUCGUCUACUACCUCAUGAACAUCCAUGUGCACUCUCACUCCAUCUACCUGUGUCGACACGGAGAGAGCAAACACAAUGUUGAAGGACGCAUCGGAGGAGAUUCUGAACUUUCACCUCGUGGGAAACAGUUCGCCCACACUCUGCGGGGUUUCAUUGAUGAACACAAGCUGUCAGAUUUGAAGGUGUGGACGAGCCAACUGAGAAGGACGAUCCAGACAGCGGAAGAGCUUGGCGUGCCUUAUGAACAGUGGAAAAUCCUCAAUGAGAUUGAUGCUGGUGUUUGUGAGGAGAUGACCUACGAGAUGAUCCAGGAGACAUUCCCAGAGGAGUUUGCAUUGAGGGAUCAAGACAAAUAUCAUUAUCGCUACCCAGGAGGAGAGGUAAGUUGUAAAGUGGAAAUGUUUUAUCUGAAUGUGGAGGCAGUAAACACGCACCGAGACCGGCCUCUUGGUAAAAUCCCGAAGGACUCUACUCUCAUACAUCGCCGGAAUAGUUACACUCCCCUGUCCAGUCAUGACCAGGUCAAGCGGCCCAGGCUCUACAGCGCAGGCAACCAGCCCUGGCUACCGCUUGCCCCCACCCCAUCCGCUUUGAUGCCAGAGGAACGGCAAAGCCAAACUCGGAUAGGAGGCAGCUGUCUGAGUCCCUGUGCGAAGGAAGCGACUUUGACAGCUCAGAAGAAACUAGUGGCUGUGUCCGCUUCUGAGUGAAGAUCACAUCUUCGUUCCUCUUUUACUCUUGCCACAGUGUGGACAACUUCUGAAUCCAGUCAUGAGUCAAUCGAGUGUUUCUUUUGAAAAGCGGGCCGCUUCUGCAUGGGGUAACAUAAUUCUAGUUAUCUCAAGGUCUCUGUCUCGUCUCUGCAUGCCGAGGCUUUGAACAGGAAGCCUUAUCAUUGGUGUCAUAAAUACUUCUGCAUGUGCACUUAAAGAAACCAGUAAACGCACACAACAUACUAUAUCACAGGAAUGACAAAAAACUCAAUAUAAAUGCUGCAAUGCCUUACUGAACUUUAGAUAUACUGAUAGAAUUAGAUCCUCCAUAUGUCACUGGAUGUAAUAGGAACAAGUUAUCCAUUGGAAUGAUGGAAAUCAAUUUACACAGUUAGAUUUAGAAAAAAUGUUAUAUUUUGUAUGCAUAUCAAACACUAAUAUGCUAUAAAUAAACAAUCUAUAGUUAGGAAUCUUGUCAAAUUUGUUCCUAAGCCAUAAUUUAUGUCUUAAUUUGACAGAAUGUGCUAGUUAUGGUCUCUAGAAAAUAAAAGUAGUUUAUUUAGAUCUGCCUGUUCUGAAAGCAGUGAAAAUACACUAAAUUGCUGGAUUUACCAGCACUAUAUACCAGCAGUAGGUACCUUAUCUGUUAAGCAGGUGUUAUCAAUCACAUUUAACACUACAAC